AUGGCCAGCCGACUCAAGCUGGAGGAGGACAAGAACCAGUUGUCCAAGGGCUUGGACCCUUGGAGCAACAACAACCCUACCGCCACCACCAGCACCCUGCACUACCUGCUCCAGGAGAAGGAGAGAGCGCAGGCGCAGGAGCAGCUCCAGAUCUACCACCAGCAAGGGUUCAGCUACCUCCAGCACCACCGGAGGCAGCAGCAGCAGCAGCAGUCGAGGGCAGGAGCAGGCGGAGAUGGCGUCAGCAGCGGCGAGUCGACGCCCGUGGACGCCCUGGCGACCGCAUUCGGGAGCGGCCGCAUCGUGCGGUCCGCCGCCGGGCGCAAGGACCGCCACAGCAAGGUGUGCACGGCGCGCGGGCUGCGCGACCGCCGCGUCCGCCUCGCCGCGCACACGGCCAUCCGGUUCUACGACGUGCAGGACCGGCUAGGCUACGACCGCCCCAGCAAGGCCGUCGACUGGCUCAUCCGCAACGCCAAGUCCGCCAUCGACGAGCUCCCGGACCGGGCAGAGGCGCCGCCUGCCACGGAGGCUGCAGAUGCCGCCGCCGAGCCGGCCGAGCAGGUGACCUCGACGUCCUACGGGUUCGGCAACCCCGGUGGCGCCAUCAGCGGUGUGGCCGGCUCGUUCGUUCCACAUUCAGUAGGCGCCGAUGGCGUCUCCGGCAGCGUCAAGUCCUUGUUCCCCUCGUCGUCGACAGCCAGCACCACCCCCGCCCACGACGAGUACAGGGGCUCCCCGCCUGACCUCCUGUCGCGCACGACGAGCAGCCAGCCGCAGGAGCUUUGCCUCACUCUCCAGUCCAACCAGCACCACCAGAUCUUCAGCCAUGUAUCCAACCAGAACCAUCAAGGUAUGAUCUCUGGUGCAGGCGUCCCAGGCUGGCCGGAGCACGGCCAGAGAAUGCCGUCGUGGCACGCCUCGGAGAGCAGCGCGGGAGACGGUCGCGGCGCCGGCAAUGGCGACGGCUACAUGUUCGGCGUGCAGGCGCGGCAAGGGCUAGACCACCAGAGCCAGCUCUUCUCGCAAGGGGAACCCCUGCAGUCCAGCGGCGGGUGGGCGUCGUCUGCCCGCACCUGGCUGGACCCUCUCGCCGCGAUCCACCAGCCGUCGGCAAUGGCUGGGCAGGUCGGGUUCAGCCACCUGGUUGGCGCCGGCGGCGGGUUCAUGGGGUUCCUCGCGCCGGCGGCGGCCCAGCGUCUCCAGGGCGAGGAGGAGCAAGGAAGCGAGGCGAUGAGAGAGUGAUGGCAUGAUGAGCGUGCUCCUGGUGCUUAUGAGGUGUGUGAGCUUUCUAAUAACACACACCCUCCAUGGAUCUGGUGGGUCAGUUGUAUGUCAUUUCAUGUAGGAGUUUGUUUAGGCGA